CAACUUCAACAGCUAUCGAUAAGAACAACCUUAAAUACAGUGGGACCGUGUUUACCCCACGAUUUCCAACAACUUCGACUACUACCUCAUUGAAGCAACCAAUGUGGCUGAGUCUUAACUACCCUCCGCCUCCUGUUUUUCCCAACCACUCAAGUUUCCCUCAGUAUCAGAGUUUGUAUCAGCAAAGGGCACGGAUCCCAUACCAGCAAACGUUACAUCCUCAACUGGGGUGCUAUUCCAGACAGGUAACUCCUUACAACGCACAGCAAAUCUUCCGCUCACCUUACACACCUGUCCUCAGCUACAUCCCUUUGGUUCAACCUGGUUAUUCUUAUCAGCAAAGGAAUCCAACCAAGGCUUCCAGCAGUGUCCGUGACCCUCCAGCAAUGGCAGGUGAUGGGCCGCAGUAUCCAUUUUCUCCUUCCUACGGGUUCACAUCUAGCACAGCUGCGCCUGUAAGGACCAAUCCUUAUUUCUCUUCUAACGGAGGCAGUGGCAACAGUUUUUAG